CGUCUCUGGGACUUGUUUUAGAUCCCAUCUUCUCUUCAAAUCACCAGGUCACAUCUUCGCUGAUCGAAAUACAUCUCUGAAAAGGACAUGGAUGAAAAUGAAAGCAACCAAUCUCUGAUGACAAGCAGCCAGUAUCCUAAAGAAGCAGUAAGAAAACGCCAAAAUUCAGCACGGAGUUCUGUAGGAAGUGAUUCUUCUAGGUUCUCCAGGAAAAGUUUCAAAUUGGAUUACAGACUAGAAGAAGAUGUAACUAAAUCAAAGAAAGGAAAGGAUGGCAGAUUUGUCAACCCUUGGCCAACUUGGAAAAAUCUCUCUGUUCCAAAUGUUCUUAGAUGGCUGAUAAUGGAGAAAGAUCACAGCAGUGUUCCGUGUUCCAAAGAGGAACUUGAUAAAGAGCUUCCAGUGCUGAGGCCGUAUUUUAUCAAUGACCCCGAAGAAGCUGGGGUGCGGGAAGCUGGCCUCAGAGUCACAUGGCUGGGACAUGCGACAGUCAUGGUGGAAAUGGACGAGCUCAUAUUUCUCACAGACCCCGUCUUUAGCUCCCGUGCAUCACCAUCGCAGCACAUGGGUCCGAAGCGGUUCCGUCGUCCCCCGUGCACCAUAGGUGAACUCCCCCCGAUAGAUGCUGUGCUUAUCAGUCACAACCACUAUGACCACCUGGACUAUAAUUCUGUCAUCGCUCUGAAUGAACGAUUUGGUCAGGAGUUGCGAUGGUUUGUGCCUUUGGGUCUCCUCGACUGGAUGCAGAAGUGUGGCUGUGAGAACGUGAUCGAGCUGGACUGGUGGGAGGAGAAUUGUGUCCCCGGACACGAUAAGGUCACCUUUGUCUUUACGCCUUCCCAGCACUGGUGCAAAAGGACUCUCGUGGAUGACAACAAGGUUCUGUGGGGCAGCUGGUCUGUCUUGGGGCCUUGGAGCCGAUUUUUUUUUGCAGGAGACACUGGCUAUUGCCCUGCCUUUGAAGAGAUAGGAAAAAGGUUUGGACCUUUUGACCUUGCAGCUAUUCCCAUCGGAGCGUAUGAACCAAGGUGGUUUAUGAAAUACCAGCAUAUAGACCCAGAAGAAGCUGUAAGGAUUCACAUCGAUGUUCAGACAAAGAAAUCUGUGGCAAUUCACUGGGGAACUUUUGCCUUAGCAAAUGAGCAUUACUUAGAGCCCCCAGUGAAACUGAGUGAGGCUCUAGGAAGAUACGGACUUAAGACUGAAGAUUUUUUUGUCUUGAAGCAUGGAGAAUCCAGAUACCUCCAUACUGACGAUGAAAACUCUGAAUGA